GCUCACUGCUGUUUCUCUCUCCUCUCCAGCAUGCGUGCUCUGUGGCCGAGUGGAUAACCAGAAAUCCAUCUUCGGCAGGAGAUACGAGAUGUAUGGGAUGUGUUUCCAUGCAUUUUGUGUGGUGAGUUCCCUCGUGCCUCCUGACACCUUCCUCCAACCAGUGCUUCCCUUCUUUCGGCAUUAAUAACAUCAUGCUCUUUCCUCCUCUACAGGGAUUUGCCAACGGUCUUUGUCAACAUGGAAUAGACAAUCAAAAUAAAGGUCUGUUCCACGUUGAAGACCUCAUACGCACCGUGAGGCAGGCAGAGCAGACGCUCUGCUUUGUUUGUGGCCAGCGCGGGGCCACCAUCACCUGCGCGGAGACGGGCUGCGACCGCAGCUUCCAUUUCCCCUGCGCCAACGAGGGUCAAUGCGUCACCCAGCACUUUGACCGACACUGGUCCUUCUGCUGGGAGCACCUCCCCCAGCAGCCAGUGGAGACAGCGCCAACGCAGGACACGACCUGCAUCAUCUGCAUGGAGCCCGUGGGGGUCUGCAGGUCGUACAGCACCAUGGUGUGCCCUGCCUGCCAACACGCCUGGUUCCACCGCGCCUGCAUCCAGGUAGGAGCUCUCCCCUCGCCCAGCAGGCAGGCAGGCGCUCAGCAGCACCAGGCCUGGCUCACGCUCACACUGCUUGUGUUUCUGCUGCAGGGAAUGGCCAAGAGCGCUGGGCUUCGCUGCUUCCAGUGCCCUCUCUGCCGAGACAGAGAGGUCUUCAUUCAGGAAAUGAUCAACCUGGGCAUCCACAUCCCAGCCAGAAAACCAAAGUGGGAGAACAACCGUGCCUACGCAUCCCUGGGAGUUAGGCAUCGGCGCUGCGAUGCCAGCGACUGCCGUUACCCAGGCGGCAGGGAACGACAAGAGGGAGACGGGCCCUGGCAGCUGCUCCUCUGCAGCUCCUGCGCUGCACAAGGCACCCAUCGACUCUGCUCCAACCUGAGUCUGAGCACAACCAGAUGGGAGUGCAACACCUGUGCUGGAGAGGGCAUCGCCUCCAGCACCAAUGCGGACAGCGCUGGCCCCAACACCACCAGCCAGCAGGGACUGGGGCCAUCCCAAGGCCCUACAGGACAGGAGAGCAGCAGCUCCAACACCACCAACCAGGCACCAUCGGGACCAGAUCACAGCUCCCAGGUGCCUGAGCCGCUCUCCGGGCAGACACAGCGGGCCAGGACUCGGAGCCGCUCGCCUCUGGACCAUCGGGCUGCAGAGACCAACAGCCAGCCCCAGAGACGCCGCAGGAGCCGGUCCAGGCGGCGACGGCCAGCCUGGGGCCGAAGCCGCUCCCGGGUUCCACGUGGGGCCCGGAACAUCAACCGCCGGCCCCACUGAUGUCAUAGGAGCGGCCGUGUGCCAGCUCCAAUUGCUGUAUAAAGUCAUCAAAGUCCAUCAAUAAAUCUGACAGUUCCAUCAUGCCACUGUCGGUUUGGUUCUUCUCUGCCUUUCCCGAUGUGGGCAGCUGUAGGGGCUGCAGCCACAGGGAUCCCUUCCCUGCAGCACCCAACCCACUCCU